UGUGUUCUUAUUAAUAUAAACUUGGAUAAUGGCUAUGCCCUGCGGCAAGCUCAGGUCAGUCAUACUCCAAUGGCGUCGGCUCUCCACAGUCACCGGCGGCGGCGGUUCCCGCUCACUGCUGCCCCUCAUCCUCGGCGAACAGAAUCCGGAGCGGAUCCUCGAUAUCUGCCGAUCCGCCACCCUUAGCCCCGAGUCCUUCCACGACCGACUUGCCUAUUCCAAAGCGAUUUCAAAGCUCAGAGAUGCGAAUCAUUACGACGGAAUCAGGUGUUUCAUCAAGGAGUCCAUGGAUAAACUCCACAACAGAUCGGAGCGAGCUGCUUCGCACUUCAUCAUCCUCUACGCUCAGGGCGGCCUUAUCGACGACGCCAUCAAGCUGUUCGACGAAAUGCCUGAGAAGGGCAUCGAGAGGAACGUGAAGACGUUGAAUUCGUUGCUGUACUCGUGCACUUUAGCCGGCGAAUACGGCGUGAUGAAGAGGAUUUUUCUCGAAUUCCCCAUGAAGUACGAUCUCCGUCCGAAUUUGGACACUUACAACGUCGUCCUCAGGGGGUUCUGCCAGUCGGGUAGCGCAAGCGAGGCGCACGCCAUGCUGGCGGAGAUGGAGACGAAGGGCAUAACUCCGGAUACAAAAACGUUCACCACAGUGAUCGCCGGGUUCUACAUGGAGGAAAAGUUCAGUGAAGUUGGGAUGAUUUUAGCAUUGAUGAAGAAAUACGGCAUAGUGCCGAACAUUAGCAUAUACAACGUCAGAAUCCAAAGCUUAUGCAAGCUCAAAAGAUCAGAUGAGGCCAAGGCAUUGUUUGAUGGGAUAUUGGCAAGGGGCAUGAAGCCCAACCAGACGACCUAUAGGCAUUUGGUGUAUGGGUUCUGCAGAGAAAGGAAGCUGGGCAUGGCGAAGAGCUUGUUCAAGGAGAUGAUAGAUAAAGGGAUGGAACCUGGAUCUGAGUGUUAUUUCACAUUGGCUUAUUACUUGUGUCAGGGGAGGGAUUUUGAGGAAGCAUCGAGUGUAUGCAAGGAUUGCAUGUCCAAGGGUUUCGUCCCGAAUAUUACGACGAUGAAGUCUCUGGUGUAUGGCUUGGUGGGCAUUGGGAAGGUUAGGGAAGCCAGGGAGAUUAUUAGUCAGGUGAAGGGGAAAUUCUCCAAGAAUUCUUCUAUGUGGUCUGAGAUUGAGGAAGGAUUGGAUUGAAUUAUGAUUUUUGUCUUGAUUUUAUUUUUUUGUCUUGGUUUAGGAUGACCAAUUGAGUUCAAUUCUGUCAGUUUAAGGAUUCAAGUGUUUCUUCACUAUUUGGACAGUAAAAUAUAAUAACCUCUAAUCUGA